AUGGACGGGCUUUGUAAAACAUCUCUGGAUCUUCAGACCCCAACGAGAAUACACAAUGCAUGGAAAAGCAAAAUACAUGUAUUCAUUCAGAAUCCUUCACCAUGGGCUAAAAUCAACAGGCACACCGCAAGUGAAACAAGGCCAGUGGCAGAAUCUCUUGAGGUGCUUCUUUCCCAUAAAGUUGGACAAUCAGCCUUUCGGGACUUUCUAAAGUCUGAAUUCUGUGAGGAAAACUUGGACUUUUGGCUUGCCUGUCAACAGUUCAAAACCUUGGACAGAGCGGAUCAGCGUAAACAGAGAGCAUUACACAUUUAUGAAGAAUUCAUUGGCACUGAAUCGCCUUCACAGGUAAAUUUGGAUUUUUACACUAGAAAUGUCAUCAAACAAAACCUCCAACAGCCAUCUCCAUCCUGUUUUGUUGUGGCACAAAAGAAAAUCUACAGUCUACUGGAGAACGGACCUUUCCCUCGCUUCGUUCAGUCGAAACACUUUCAAGAUGUGUUUAAAUGCACUUCCGAGCGAGCAAACACCAGAAGGCUUUGA